UUGAUGGAUAACAGGACGGAAGUGACACAGUUCAUCCUGCUGGGACUAACCAAUGACCCGGACCUGCAGCUUCCCCUUUUCACAAUGUUCACCCUCAUCUACCUCAUCACUCUGGUUGGGAAUUUGGGGAUCACCAUGUUGAUUCUGUUGGACUCCUGUCUCCACACACCCAUGUACUUUUUCCUCAGUAACCUGUCUCUGGUGGACUUUUGUUACUCUACAGCUGUCACUCCCAAGGUCAUGGCUGGCUUGCUUAUAGGAGACAAGGUCAUCUCCUACAAUGCAUGUGCUGCUCAGAUGUUCUUUUUUGUGGCCUUUGCCACUGCGGAAAAUUAUCUCUUGGCCUCAAUGGCUUAUGACCGCUAUGCAGCAGUGUGCAAACCCCUCCAUUACACCACCACCAUGACGACAGGUGUGUGUGCUUGUCUGGCCAUGGGCUCCUACAUCUGUGGUUUCCUGACUGCCUCUAUCCAUAUUGGAGACNAUGCCUCUCCAUAUUGGAUAUUGGAUAUUCGCCUCUCUUUCUGUAUGAACAGCGUAAUCCAUCACUUUUUCUGUGAUGUUCCAGCAGUCAUGAUUCUUUCCUGCUCUGAUAGACAUGUCAGUGAGCUGGUUCUCGUUUACAUAGUGAGUUUCAACAUCUUUUUUGCCCUCCUGAUUAUCAUGAUUUCCUAUAUAUUCAUAUUUAUCACAAUCCUGAAGAUGCACUCAUCUACUAGAUAUCAGAAGGCUUUAUCCACCUGUGCCUCCCACCUCAUUGCAGUGUCCAUCUUCUAUGGGACAAUCAUCUUCAUGUAUUUACAGCCCAGCUCCAGCCAUUCCAUGGACACAGACAAAAUGGCAUCCGUGUUCUACACUAUGGUCAUCCCCAUGAUGAACCCUGUGGUCUACAGCAUGAGGAACAAGGAGGUCAAGAAUGCAUUCAUGAAGACUGUUUUAGAGUCAAAACUGUCUCUAGGAUUGUGA